CCUCUGGUUGAUGUCAUUGGGGAGCAACGGAAAGACGCCACGAGAGGAAGGGGAGAAAUCUGGGCCGAGGACAGAGGUAGACGGAGGGAGAGAAAUCUGGGCCGAGGGCUCGAACAGAGGAAUCCGGGCCAAGAAGAAAGGUGGGGAGAAAUUCCGACCCGCGGGGAAUACAUUGCGGAGGAAGGGGUGGAGAAGAGGAAAGGGAGAUCAGUCCGGGCCGGGGAGAGAGACCGGGCCAAAGCAUAGCGAGGCCGACGUUACAGAGCGGGACCAGACCGGGGAAAGCGUAACUCAGGGACACACAUCUGAACCAAGGAGGUAGCCAUGCUUGUCCCAGUUUUCACGCUCAAGCUAAACCACAGAAUCAACCCCCGGAUGGUGACUGUGGGGAAAUAUGAUGGCACACACCCUUGUCUAACUGCUGCUACCCAGGCUGGCAAGAUUUUUAUCCACAACCCACACAUACGUAGCCAGCACUUUGUCUCCAACAACUUAUUGCAAGGUGGCUUGGAUUCCGAUACCUCCCUUCUGAACAUAAACCAGAAUGUUAGCUGUCUAACUGCGGGAGUACUAAAUCCUGGACUUCAACAUGACAUGCUGCUUGUUGGUACACAGACUAACCUGCUGGCUUAUGAUGUACAUAACAACUCUGAUGUCUUUUACAAGGAGGUGGCAGAUGGAGCUAAUGCAAUAGUGCUGGGACAGCUUGGGGAGAUUCCCUCUCCACUGGCAAUUAUCGGAGGAAAUUGCACACUCCAGGGUUUUGAUCAGGAUGGAAAUGAUCUCUUUUGGACGGUCACUGGGGACAAUGUCCGAUCACUGGCACUCUGUGACUUUGAUGGGGAUGGGAAGAAGGAACUUCUGGCAGGUUCAGAAGACUUUGACAUCAGGGUCUUCAAAGAAGAUGAAAUAAUGGCAGAAAUAUCAGAGACCGAGACAAUCACAGCACUGUGCCAUAUGCAUGGGAGUCGGUUUGGGUAUGCCCUGGCAAAUGGCACUGUUGGAGUUUAUGACCGGGCUACACGCUACUGGAGAAUUAAGUCUAAAAAUCAUGCCAUGAGUAUUCAUGCUUUUGAUUUGAACUCAGAUGGUGUUUGUGAGUUAAUCACUGGCUGGUCAAAUGGGAAGAUUGAUGCACGCAGUGACCGUACUGGUGAAGUCAUCUUCAAGGACAACUUCACCUCUUGUGUUGCGGGAAUUGUGGAGGAAGACUACAGGAUGGAUGGACAGAAGCAGCUCAUCUGCUGCUCGGUUGAAGGGGAAGUUCGAGGUUAUCUGCCUCCUGAUCGAGAGAUGAGAGGGAAUUUGAUGGACACAAAUGCCGAACAAGACUUGAUCCGUGAGCUGAGCCAGCGGAAACAGAACUUGCUGCUCGAACUGCGUAACUAUGAAGAAAAUUCAAAGGUUGGCUUGAGUGCCUUUGGUGGAGAAGGGGAUGGACAAAUAGGCAUUAUUCCAGCCAAUACACAACUGCAAACAGGCCUUUCUGUCAAUGUAGACACUGCCAACCAACAUCCUCAUGUAGAGCUGAGCAUUUCUACAUCCAACGAUACCAUUAUUCGGGCUGUGCUUAUCUUUGCUGAGGGUAUAUUUGACGGAGAGUCUCAUGUGGUUCAUCCCAGUGCACACAAUCUCUCAGGACAAAUCUUUGUCCCCAUCGUUCCACCCAAAGAUAUCCCCGUGGAUCUGCAUAUCAAGGCUUUUGUGGGCUACAGAAACAGCAUGCAGUUCCACGUAUUCGAGCUGACAAGGCAGCUGCCUCGGUUCUCAAUGUAUGCCCAGUGCACUCCAGGGACUGCUUCUGAACCUCAGAGUUAUGUCACCUUCACAGUCAGUGAUCGUGUGCAGAGGGUUGUGAUGUGGAUGAAUCAGAACUUCCUUAUACCUAAUGACAUUCAAUGUACCAGUAUGCCAUUAGAUGUCUGCUUCACAACUCUAAGAGAUGGUGGACAGCUCAACAUUAAAAUGAAUGCAAAUGGAGAGGUCACUGUCAGAACAGAGGACAUUGACCUUGCUGGUGAACUUAUCCAGUCCAUGGCAUCUUUCCUGGCCAUUGAAGAUCUACAGGUCGAAGCAGACUUCCCAGCUUACUUUGAAGAGCUACGUCAAAUACUUGUUCAGAUGGAUGACUACCAUUCUGUACAUCAAAAGCUCACUGCUGAGAUGGCCGAUCAUUCCAAUCUAGUCCGUAGCUUGUUGGUCCGGGCAGAGGAUGCACGAUUAAUGGGAGAUAUGAAAAGUAUGAAAAAAGGAUACACGGAUCUUUAUGACUUAAAUCGAGAUUUGAUAAAUGGUUACAAGAUUCGCUGUAACAACCACACUGAACUUCUGAGCUGUCUACGAGCAGUGAAUCAGGCAAUACAAAGGGCAGGACGCCUGCGAGUUGGGAAGCCCAAGACCCAAGUGAUCUCUGCGUGUCGAGAUGCCAUCAAAAAUAACAACGUCAAUGCACUUUUCAAAAUUAUGCGUGCUGGCAGCACUUCAUCCUGAAAAGGUCACGGGUAUUGGCCAAGGCAAUAGUAGAACCACAGUUGCUUCAUAAAUAGUAAGAAGGCACAUAGGCAACACAAACAUACGCAACCCCAAACCAUCACACCCAAAUCUAGCUGGGUGAGCAGGUCUGACUCGAGUGUAAUUAUCUUAUGUUUUAGAUAUCACAGUAUAAGUGAGUAAAGUACCAGAAUAGCUCAAGCUAUGGAGAAGGACAUAGAAAGGACUUAAAAUGUGUCACGAAAUGAUAAGGAAUUGAAUAGAUGUGAUUUAUUUUGAACAUCUAUUUAUCCUGUCAAUCCCCCAUCUUCUGUCUCCAUCGAUACUCAGUCCUAUAUCCAAGAUAACAAAGUGUGAAGCUGGAUGAACACAG